CCUUUCCUCUCUGUCUGUAUCCCUGACACACGGAGGGAAGAGAAGAAAGAGAGACAAACAGCCAGGAAACGUACAGUAACACACAGGCGGGAUCUAUACAAAGCCAACACUUCAUUGCUCCUUCCACUGAUGAUUUUUUUGUACCUUGGAGGGGGGGUAAAAGCCUUGGGAUUUUGGGGGGGAAGCUGAAAAGGACGAGCCUGCCCCCCCACCUGUUUUUUUUUUUCACUAGCCACAUUUCCCACUGUCUUCGCCCCCCCACUUUUUUUUUUCUUUGUAAGUUCUCUGUUCCCCUUUCCGGGCAGCAGCAGCAGCAGCAGUAGGAGCAGCAGGAGCAGCAAGAAGAUCAGAGGAGGAAGGGGGGGGUUUAAAGCCCCUGGGCCGGGUCUUCAGUGCAAAGAGUGCAUUGGAAAACAGCAAGAACAUUCCAGCGAGAGCAUAUGAAUGCAAUAGAGAAUAAAUAGCCCUCCGUUUCAAAGAGGCCUCAACACCUCUCUCUGCAUACUAAAGUGGGAAUGGUCAACCUGUGAGAGGCGUCAGCCCGCCUCCAUGUGAACGCCACGCCCCAUGAGCCUCGGGCAGCUGGGGGCGGAGCCCACCUUGGUCUCUUCGGAUUGGUUCUGGAUGGAAUUACGUUGAAUGGACCAGAAUCUCAGCGGGCUGGACUGCUUGUCAGAGCCAGAUGAAAAAAGGUGGCCGGAUGGGAAGCGAAAAAGAAAGAACAGCCAAUGUAUGGGAAAAAGCGGCAUGUCCGGUGACAGCUUGGUGUCUCUGCCCUCUGCAGGGUACAUCCCCAGCUAUCUGGACAAAGACGAGCCGUGUGUGGUGUGCAGUGAUAAGGCCACGGGGUACCACUACCGCUGUAUCACUUGCGAGGGGUGUAAGGGUUUCUUCCGUCGCACCAUCCAGAAGAACCUGCACCCCUCCUAUUCAUGCAAGUACGAUGGCUGCUGCAUUAUCGACAAGAUCACCCGAAACCAGUGCCAGCUCUGCCGCUUCAAGAAAUGCAUUGCCGUUGGCAUGGCAAUGGAUCUUGUCCUGGAUGAUACCAAGCGGGUAGCCAAGCGAAAACUGAUUGAAGAGAAUCGAGAGCGGCGGCGGAAGGAGGAGAUGAUCAAGACUCUGCAACAGCGUCCAGAGCCCAGCAAAGAGGAGUGGGAGUUGAUUCGCAUCGUAACAGAAGCUCACAGGAGCACCAACGCUCAGGGCAGCCACUGGAAACAGCGUAGGAAGUUUCUGCCGGAAGAUAUCGGGCAGUCUCCCAUGGCUUCCAUGCCAGAUGGGGAUAAAGUUGACUUGGAGGCUUUCAGUGAGUUCACCAAAAUAAUAACCCCAGCAAUUACGAGAGUGGUGGACUUUGCUAAGAAGCUGCCCAUGUUCUCUGAGCUGCCUUGUGAAGAUCAGAUCAUCCUGUUGAAAGGAUGCUGUAUGGAGAUCAUGUCUCUCCGUGCUGCUGUGCGCUACGAUCCGGACAGCGAGACCCUAACGCUAAGCGGUGAGAUGGCGGUAAAAAGGGAGCAGCUUAAGAACGGAGGUCUGGGUGUUGUCUCGGAUGCCAUCUUUGACCUUGGAAGAUCGCUUGCUGCAUUCAACCUUGACGACACGGAAGUGGCGCUGCUGCAGGCUGUUUUGCUCAUGUCAUCAGACCGUACUGGUUUAAUGUGCACGGACAAGAUAGAGAAAUGUCAAGAGACCUACCUUCUCGCCUUUGAACACUACAUCAACCAUCGCAAACACAACAUUCCCCACUUCUGGCCCAAGCUCCUAAUGAAGGUGACGGACCUGCGCAUGAUAGGGGCAUGCCAUGCCAGCCGCUUUCUGCACAUGAAGGUUGAGUGCCCCACUGAGCUCUUUCCACCGCUCUUCCUUGAGGUCUUUGAGGACCAGGAAGUCUGAGGGACAGUGCAUGUUGGUAGAGAGGAAAGUGCAUUUAUCCCUUCUGUUCCUCCCUGCCUUGGUUGGCCAUUAUAUCCUAAGAAGACAAUAUAGGAAAAGCCUGCUACAGCUAAAGGAACCUUUCAUUGUGGUACAUCAGGAUAACGGAGAUAUGGAAGCUUGCCAGCUGUCAUCUUGGUAAAGCCAAUAAACCCAAGAACAGAAGCUGUUUGGCCCCAGACCUGACCCGAUUAAAGGUUGGAGGCUGAGCGGCACGCAAGACGUCCAAGGAAAAGGCGCUUCUACCCUUUUUGUUGUUGUUGUUGUUCUUGUUGUUUCCUAUGGCACCAUUAUGAUACACCCGUGAAUGGAUGCUUGUUUAUUCCAACAUAGUCAUCCCCAAGCCCCUCCGCCACCAAGAGCCCAAGUGGAACAUGAUUGGGCGGCUCCUAAUAUGGGAGGGGAACAGAUGAUGAGAUGUAAACUCUCCUGCAUCCUCCCCAUAUACGAAAAUGUAAUUGUAGCUAGAUAGAUAUAGAUAGAUAGAUAGAUAGAUAGAUAGAUAGAUAGAUAGAUAGAUAGACAGACAGAUAGAGAUGUAAGGGUACAGUAUAUAACAAGUUCAGUGUCAAGCCUUGUUGAGCUUGGGAAUGCCACACCGUUCUCAUAUCUUAUUAAUGUUGGCCUUUGCUUCCCGCUCUUUAGCUACACUGUCCAGUUUAUAGCAGACGCUCUGCUUUAAAAAACAGGGAAGUAUUUGUGUGUAUUUGUAUAUAUAUACACUCAAAAUAAUCCCACUCAGAUGCAAAUCUUUAACAUUUCUUAAGUGCCAAUGUUCCAUGCAAUCAAGAAAACAUUGCAGUGAAUAAUGCUUUAAUUUUGUGUACCAUGUAGGUAGGAUAUGUAGAUAUCUAUCUAUCUAGCUAUCUAUCUGAACAUCAGUUUGGGUGUGUAUAUAAUACUCGUAUAUAUAUAUACACUCAGACCUAUAACAUAUAUAUAUAUCUAUAUAUAUGUUAUAUCUAUCAGAUCCUAUUUUUACUCCAGGUGCUGAAUUCACCUCUGCAGAGUGCCUGUCAGGCCAAACGUUAUUCCUCAUUUUACCCAUAGUAAGAAGCCAGAUGGGAGUCGGGGCUAUAGUAUAUGUCACACCCCUCCCUUGCACAGAAUUUUCUCCUACAUUUAUAUAAUAAUCACCCCAUACUCUUUUGUUUGGGAUGAAAAAAGCACCAAAGCCUGCCUUCUAUUCCCCCCCCCACCCCAGACCCUGCCAUGCGGAAAAACCAGAGACCCUCAGCAGCUACGCAAAACCAAAAAUGUUUUCUAAGAAGCACUUUGAAAUGCCAGAUUGCAUGUGUUAUCUCUUUUAUGCUGCUCUCCUGCAUCUUAGUCUGCGCCUCUAUUGAGGAGAUGCUAUGUGGCUUUACAGAGUUCCUGGCAGCCUUACUGUACAGCCUCUUACGUCAAUUUCUAACCCUAUUUUGGGUUAUUAUUGCCAAGUUUUCUACAUGAUGGGGGGUAGUUCACCCCACGUUCUGCUGUAGAAUUUAUUGCCUUCCCUUAAAUCCCCUCUAUUUGCACUUUGCUGAAAGCACUUGUUACCAAUGAUGGACUUGAUACCUUGUUUUUUGUUAUCUUUUUCCCCUAAGAACCUAAAGAAGCACUUAGUGUAUUUUAAGAUAUUUAACCCCAUUAUUCUGUGCUGUUAAUACACACCGGUGUUGUUAUCACUGGGUGCUAUUGGACAGAGCUUAGAACAAAUAAAAAGGCACUGCUUGCCCAUUUGCUGCCAAGUGGCCCCAUAAGGCUCAGCGGUGGCAGAAGCACUUAAUAUUUAUGACUUAAAAUGUCCCUUUUGAUUUCAAUUAUUUUGGGGUUCGGCAUUUUUCCGCAGGCAGAUUCCUCCCCCCCCCCCCCCCCACGCCCAUUAAAAUUGAAGAAGCACUUAAAUUUAUAGUUUGGUUUUUUUUAAAAAUAAAACCCAUAUCUUUUUAAUCAAUUUUUGGAAGAGAGGUUGGCUCUGCAAAGGGAAUUCUGUGCCAUAAUUUGGGGAUUCGUUGCGUAUUCCCAGGGAUACGUUUGGGAGCCAGCAGGCUGUUGGCUUAAUAUGAGGGAUUGUGGGUAUAUCGGUCCAGUCCCACCCAGCGCCAGAGAAAAUGAAAAGGGAUAAUCAGUGGGUCAAAUUCAUAUAAUUUAUUCACGACUUUGUCUCCCGUUUCCAGUGCAGCAGCUUCUCCAUAGAUUGGAGAACCCUCUAAGGGUGAAGACACACAGAGCUACUAGUAGCAGCUACUUGUCACAGUUACAGAAAUAGACAAUGCUGAUCCUUUACUGAUAAUUGUCUCUAUGUGUGUUUUAGCAGAGGCAAUUCUCAGUAUUUUCUAUGGCGGGGUAUUUUCUAGAGUUUAGUAGCCGUGACAAGUAGCUGCUACUAAGUAGCUCUGUGUGUCUUCACCCUAAAGAACCUUAGUGCUGCAGGCUUCAAAUCGAAAUCAGUAGCAGCUGUUGAUUGGCCGUUAUAUUGAACAUUCAUGUUAAACAGCACGGUUUCCUCUGGCUCUGGUUGCGGCACAGUGGGCUUACCUCAGCUAUUUAGCGGAAGAAAAAAAAAAGGAAAAAAAUGUUGGUUUUGUGUUCGAAUAGUGUUUUUCUCGCUCCUGGGCUCUGUUGGAGGCCUGCCUUUCGCACUGCCGACCACCGUCAGGGCCUCAGGCGCACAGCUAUCUCUCUUAGAUUAACGUCGGCGGACUGGACGUUAUAAAGAAAUGAGGUCCGGUCCACUCAGUGGACUUUAAAGAUUCCAGGCCUCAGAGACCUGGCUAAUUUGUACCCCACCACGAGAAACCCCCUCCCCUUGAAACCCUUGCAAAUGUGUGUGCUUAGCACACUCUAAACAAACUAGAAAAGUAUGUAUAUAUGUGUAUAUAUGUGCCGCAGUGGUGUCACCUCAGAGGUGGCUGCACUUAUCUUUAUUUCCAUGCUUGUUAACUUCUUUUUUUUUUUUAAUUUUAACCCCCCCAUCCCGGUGCUGCAGAGAUACUUCACCGAUCUCGGGCAGCUGAGGCUUUUAGAGAAAUUUUUUUUUUUGUGUUUUCUUUUUGUUUUUGGCUUGAGGGCCGGUUUCAAUGGAGGACAACUCACUGGGUCCUCAGACUGGUUGGUACAGAAGUAUGUCUUAACCCAGGUUUUUUUUUUUAGAAUUCUUUGUAGCGGUCUGUAUAAGCUUUUGGUGCCAUUCCUAUUCCUUUCUCCUUCCACUGUGUAAUGCAGUCCCAGUAACUCAUUUAUGGCCAGAGGGUCCUGCAAGGCAUUGUAGGGUCCUCCCUCAGAUGUAAAUGGAGUUGUUCUUCACCAAUAAGGCCGCCCAACAAUGUACGUCCCAGUGAUAACCCACCACCUGUAGCCUCACCAGCUUCUCACAGGGAUAUACGUUGAUUCAUUUUAGAGUCCGCCUCUUUAUUUGGCCACUCAACGAUGAUGCUUCGACUGGCACCUAUAUAUAUAUAUUUUUUGGGGAUGUGGGGUGGCAGGAGCAGCAGCUCACCCUGCAGAUUUUCGAGAUCCUUGCUCACAUAACCGCCAAUCCUAUGUUCCCCGGCAAGGAACCAGCGACGCCAUCAAGCAGGAUCUACCCGCCCGGUGUCACGAGCCGCUCACGGUUCCACGGGCGCCCCCCUUCCUUGCUGCUAAAGCCGUAUAUGAACUCUUGGAAGAUUGUAUGCUAUGACACCUGUUGUGAUUUCAGAGUAUAAAUAGGAUUUUUUUCUUUUUUUGUCCUUUCAACCCUGCCAUUCCCUCAACACUACAUAUAAUUUUCUCUGGGAUAUUUUUUUUCCGUUCAAUCAAUACCUUAUGCAGAAGCAACCUUGCAACUGACAGUAACUAUGUCUGCAUUGGAGAGAGCAUUCGGCCACACUCGCUCUCCCAGCUCGCACACUCACACUUUAUUCAUACCAGGAAUAAACCAGGAAGAAGUUUCUUUUUUUUCUCUCAUACGCUCAUACCUCAGACUACGACCCCUCUCAUUCUCUUUUUGCGUUUGCCGACCUCACUGUUUUGACUUAAGGUGAGAACCCCCCCUUUGACGAGAAACUGAUUGUGAGGGGGUUUCUGUUUCUCACCGGCUGGAAGGUGUGUGUAUAUGGUCCUUACAGAAAGACCCUAACUGAAAAAAAAAAAAAAAGGACGGGCAAUGAACUUGAGAAACGGCACAGAAAAGGGGACAAGAUGGAUACCAGAGAACGUCUUCAUUUUACUAUCCGCAGCAUUAAGAAAAAUAAAUCUACAAACCUCCGGCUGCCUCAGCCACUAAAGAUUAUGUUGGACUUCAUUUCCUUUGACUCCACCCCACGCAAAUUACAUCAAUUUUUUUUUUUUCCUCUUUCGCCCCAAAAUGUAAAAUGGUGGGGGAUUUAUUUUUUUUAAAUUACUUUCACCUCAUCCGUUCAGAAUAGUUUCCACAGGAGGUUUAACACAUCUUAGCUGUAAUUUACUGGAGAGUUUAACUUUUACAAGGAAAAUAUUUCAGUUUUCUGUUAUAUAUAUAUAUAUAUAUUCAUUGCUUUUCACCAUUUGUUUUGUACUGACAGAAAAGAGGAAUUUGAGGUAUCCCCACCUCCUCUUCCUCCUCCGCCUCCUCAUCGUUUUGUAUUGAUUAGGCAAGAUUUAACGGGUUCUGUGGCAAAAAUGAUAUUCCAGUUUAAGCUUCUCGCUUUCAGGGAAUUUAUCUGGCAGUGUAGUGGUUAAACCUCUACAUUCCCCCCUUCCUUUCCCCCCCCGAACCCCAUGUUAGAGGUCAUGUUAAGAUAAGCUGCAGAAAUAUUGCAUCAUAUAUUACCCUGGCUGUAAUGCAGUGCAGGAGGGGAGAAGGGGUGAGCACCCACCUCCUACAGUGCCUUACUGCCCCCUGCACACAUGUAGCCUUGUUCACUUUCCAGCUGAUUCAUCCAAUCACGCGUACACGCUUUUGUGGGUUUGAAAAAUUCCGUAAAUUUGUUUUCUUGAA